GGCAGAGCAGUUAAAGCAGGGAUGUCAGGCCGUCCCACUCCCAUUCGGCACAAACGCAGCAGAGCAGAAAGGAGCUUGAACGCCACGGCGGCUGAUGCCUGACCUGAUACCGACUCCUCUGCGUCACGCCCUCAUCAUACCAAACCCACAGAGUCGCUGAGAGCCGCCAGGCCAUCCUUGUGACAGCAGCCUUCUCUGCCCGUCUGAUGCAGACACGCCGCACCUCCUCCUCUCCACAAAGGACCUCCUCUGACUGUUUGGCACGCACCUGAUCCCUGUUCCUUAGGAGCAAAAAAAAACAAAACAAAGAAAUCGGACUCUUGAGCAGAGCAGGUAAAGGAGCCAUCACACCCUGCUGCUGAAACUAGACACACCAGACCAAGAAAAGUGGGGCCGGCGGCCAUCUUUGGUGCCCGAGGAGCAAGAUGUUGGAAAAAAUCCUCAAGGACAUGUGGGUGGAGCCGGCGCUGCUGGAGGCCCUAAACGAAGAGCAGAAGAGGAUCCUCUUCCUGAAGAUGAGAGAGGAGCAGGUGCGCCGCUGGACGGAAAGAGAAAAGAGGGAAGAGAAAGAAGGACGGAGCAACACCUGUGCCAAGAAAGCUUCAAGUAAACACGUGUCGUGGCUUCUUGGUCGAGAUGGGGAUGUGAGCGUCAGCGUCUUAGGAGAGGUGGACGAAUUCAGGUCCUCCAAAAUCCUCCAGAACCUCGAGAGCAGACUCCACACUGAUAAUAUGAAUGGCAUCCAGACGGCGGACUUGCUGCCAGGAAGAGAGGCCCAGCAGCUCAGCUUCAAAGACAACGUCAAGCUGCCCCUCGCAGAUGUGAACGAAGAGCCGGUUCCGUCGAAGGGCAAAUCCUCUGAGGGGGGUUUCGACUGCGACGGCGACCUGAAAGACCCCUCUAAGGACGGUCGCGUGGCAGAGCCCAGGAAGACGUUCGCAGACCAUCCGCACAACACAACACCUGCCCGCACCAAACCGCACAUACCUGACAAACCGGCUCACCUACAGGGGACAGCACAUAGUUGACGGUGUAGGACUGCAUCCACCCUGCUGCAAGACGACACUCGACCCUGAAAGAGCCAAAGGUUACAUUACUGAGCGCGCUGAGCUCCACGCCGGCGUCACAGCUCGUUUAGAAAAAGGCCAAGGCAUCGACAAAGAAGCAUCUCAGCUUGAACUGAACAUCCAUGCAAGAUCUGAUUUCUAGAUCUGAACCACUGACUGAAUGUGGAUGUGUGACCCGGAUGACAAAAUCAAAGAGAUUCAAGUUGAAAUCUGAGCUCAAACAGGGUUUGUCCCUUCCAGAUGGACACAAAUGCUCUUGACUUCAGCUAAAAGCCGAAAUUCGCUCCUCAAAUGCCACAAGAAAUUAUUUUUCUUCAUCCAAAACAAAUCCAACCUGAAUAAAUCAUCCUGCUCUCCUCUGUAUUGAUUUGGCGUUUUGAAAGAAGUCUGUGUUUGUGAUCCCUGUAAGUGCUGUUUAACGCCACAGGCUCGGACUGGACUCGGCCUGCUGCCUCCUGCGCAUCAGCUGAUCGAACGCUCCGGGGAGGAAUAAAAACCGCCGGAUCUGCAGUGAAACGAUAAACAAACUGCAGGCUACAAAUGUUGCACUUCUAUCUUGAAAGGGCUUUGCAACCCCUCACAGUCACAAAUGAGCAGUUAAGUACAUUCAUUGACAAGUACUGACCUGCUGAUCAGGAUACCCCCCCCAGGGUUAGUCUUGCUCAAGAAGACUUUGUCCUACUGCUGAUGAAUUAUUGGAGAAAUCACUGAAUAAACGUAUUGUGGGGGCAACAACUGUUACAAGGGAUCUUCCACGAUGCUGGGUUUUAAAAAGCUUUCAUCUUUUUUCCUGUGAGCUGGGAAUUUGGUGUUAAAACUUAAGUAAUGUUUAGAGUUUUCUGAUUUUGUUGUAAAUCUCGCGGCGUGCUGCCACAUUAUUCAGCUAAUAGACGGGUUUUUCACUCCAAGGGGGAAGGAAAUACCACGAAAAAGAAGUGACAGAUCACCAUGUGAUCUUUUUUUUUUACUGCAACCACUGGCAGACCUUUCUACCGGCCCUGAAUAUUUAUUUGUAAAUAAAAGCUACCUGAGCAUUGUUGGACCUUUACAUUGAUCAAGCACCAAGGAGCUUUUCCUGUAGAAUGGCUCAAACGGGACUUAGAACGUUUAAAAAGGAAAAGUUAGUUUCUAUUUGAGGGGAGACAAAAAGACAGUUAGCCCUAAUUUCACAAGUUUAACUGUAAAUUCUUUUAAUUUAACAUGUAGACAAUAUCUAUAUAUCUAUCUAUCUAUCUAUGAACAAGCAUACUGUUGCAUUGCACACACACCAAAACAGAGUAAGUUAGCACCAGAACAAACUUAGUUGCUGAAUGCUAUUGUUAAAAUUUAGCAUUGAGUUUUUGCAGUUUAAUAGUUUUAAAAUAUAAAAAUGUAUUUUAAAUAUUGUGGGUUUGAUUUUAAAUUGUUAAAGUACCUUUUACCAAACAGGAAGUGGCUGCUGGCUUCAAAAAGUCAAAAUCCCAACAACUUCUAUAGAGGAAAAAAAAAGCUAUUACUCAAUCAUUCCGUUUUUUUUCAACAUGUUCACGUUAAUUCUAUUUUUUUUUCCCCAUAUAUUCUUUUGUAAUGCAAAUGAUUCAAGUAAUAAACUGACCAAUCAGUUGUCUCAA